AUGGCUUCAGAAGACCAAGCCAUCUUAGAACAAAUCAGUCGUCUAGCUGGUCAAAUCAAUCAACACAAGAACAACCAGUCAACCGAUCCAUAUAAUCAAACACAUGUCCCUGCGCCUACAAAUGGUUACCAUUCACAAUCGAAUACUCGAGGGGGUCAUGGAGCUUAUGCAUACCAUCCCUAUGCAAACAGUAGCUGGAGAGGUGGUCGAGGUAGUCAUAGGGGCGCAUAUCCUGCGAGAGGAUACCGAGGCGGAAGAGGCGGUGCUGGCAUCGUGCGGCAUCGAACGCUUGUGUUAAACGGUGGUACCUCCGUCCCACCAUCACAGUCGGAUUCAUCAAACGUAACUGCAUCUGCAGAUGAGAACGAGCGAUCAUCCUCUGCUGGCUACAUCACAAAAACCGAUCGUCAUCUUCAGUUGAUUAACAAGUCAUAUUUUGAGAAAGAUAGCCAGAUUCGCGUCAAAGCCAUUGAGGAAACCAGAAAACAGAAACUUAAACAAAGAGAUGAACGGGAGAAGUUAAAGCUGAGCAGACAUUUGCAACGCCUUAGUGCGAGUUCUGGCUCUUCCAUGGUCCAACCCACUGGAACAACCAAUUACGAAAUCACGGUCAACGGAAUCCGAUUCAUUGUCACAAAGAACGGUAGCAAACUUGUGAAAGCCCCUGGUGAUCUUACUUCCGCAAAUACUACCCCCAAGACUACUUUAAUCGGAGGUGUCAAAUUCUAUAGAAGCAAAAAUGGAAAUAUGUAUCGUGAAGGGAUAAUCAAAGCCACUAGGAAGCACGGAGUCGUCAAGAUCAACGAGCCAUGCAAAUCAUUCACCAACACGGGAACCUGUAACAAAGGCCCCAAAUGCCGAUAUAUUCACGACCCUUCAAAGGUUGGAGUAUGUAAAGCUUUUCUUCUCAAAGGUGAAUGUCCUAAUGGAGAUUCAUGCGACCUGUCUCACGAUCUUACCCCUGAAAGAACACCGAAUUGCUUGCAUUUUGCCAAGGGCAAUUGUUCAAACUCGGAUUGUCGUUACACCCACGUGCGUGUUUCACCGACAGCAAUGGUUUGCCGGUCUUUCGGAAUCUACGGAUACUGCGAUAAGGGAACCGCUUGCACAGAGCGACACGUUCACGAAUGCCCGGAUUUCAGCAACACAGGUACUUGCACUACGAAAGGAUGCAAACUUCCCCACCGCAUCAAGGCUAGUGUUAUUCGUAGGAAUGCAGCUACUGGUGAAUCUUCUCCCGGUGAUCAAUCGAGUGAUAUUUCGAGCGAUGAAGAAGACGAGGUAGAUAGCGAUGACGUUGAUUCAGAUGCCAUUGACGAGGAGUUUUUUGGCGACGAAGAUGGAGAAACGCAACCUGGAAUUCUCGCACAGCAAGAUUACGUGCAAUUUUCCUGA